AUGUUCCAAUUACAAGGCCCACAACUGCUGCAGAUGCUAGAGAAAUCCUUGAGGAAAUGCCUCCCUGAGUCUCUAAAGGUGUAUGGGACUGUUUUCCACAUGAACCAGGGAAACCCAUUCAAGCUAAAGGCCCUGGUGGACAAGUGGCCUGAUUUUAGUACAGUGGUUGUCCGCUCUCAGGAGCAGGAGAUGGUUGAUAACUGGGAUCAUUACACCAAUACAUACCAAAUCUACUCCAAGGACCCCAAUAACUGUCAAGAAUUGCUUGUUUCACCAGAAGUCAUCAAUUGGAAACAGCAUUUGCAGAUCCAAAGUUCCCAAUCCAACCUCAAUGAGGUGAUACAAAAUCUCGCAGCCAGGAAAUCCUUCAAAGUCAAGCACACAGAGCGCUUUCUCUAUGUGGAACCUGACACUGUAAAGAAACUGAUUCCUUCCUUGUUGGAUGUAAAGAACUUACCACCUGGUGGUGGCAAACCCAAAGCCAUCAAUCAAGAAAUGUUUAAACUCUCAUCCCUGGAUGUUACCCACGCUGCCCUGGUGAAUAAAUACUGGCAUUUUGGUGGCAAUGAGAGGAGCCAGAGAUUCAUCGAGCGCUGUAUACAGAACUUCCCCACGUUCUGUCUGCUGGGGCCUGAGGGGAACCCUGUGUGCUGGGACCUGAUGGACCAGACAGGAGAGAUACGGAUGGCAGGCACCCUGCCUGAGUACCGGAAGCAGGGCCUCAUCUCCUAUAUCAUCUAUAUCCAGACCCAGGCUCUAAACAAACUUGGCUUCCCCAUAUAUUCUCAUGUUGACAAGAAUAACAAAAUUAUGCAGAAAAUGAGUUACAAUUUGCAUCAUAUCCGCAUGCCCUGUACUUGGAACCAGUGGAACUGUAUGCCUCUGUGA